CAGUUGAUUGACACCUCAUAGUAGCAGUUCGUAAGCCAUCCGCUAGCGAGUUGUUGUCGUGUCCUAUGAAGUGAAAUACCCGGAAAGUUGUUUGGAUUUUGAUUUCUUCAUUAAUCUACCCGAAGGAGUGUAGCAAUCCACCAUGAAUAAGCUGUUCAUCGUAUUUGCUCUAGUUGGGGCGAUCAUCGCUGCUCCUACGCAGCAAAACGAGUCGGACGUAGUCAUCCAGUGUCUGAAUGAGGUGCUUGACUCGAUUGAAGCGGAAAACGUGGAGGAACUGGUCGAUGUGAUUGCCGAAGCCCGUCUGACCAUUAGGUAUUUGAUCGAGAGGCACCGUCGAUGCCAGGAAAUACCCCGUGAUGACCCCCCGACUCGCCUGCAGGAAAUCCAAAUUGCGGCGUGUGAAAAUGCCUGGCGGUUGACUGUGGCCAUUGAGUUGGCUCGCAUUUCGGCUGCCAUCAACGAGCACUCUGAAAAUGGACGUGAUUUGGUGGCUCAGUUUUCCGAGUGUUCAGGUAUUUCAUUGCCACGACCGGAGCCGGAGGUUUAAAGUGAAUUUUAUGCAAAAACUUUAUUAUAAAUAAAAUGCGUGUUUAAAAAUCAAAUAA